GGAAACAUGAUUAAACUUUUUACAUAUGUGUGUUUGUCUCCGUGUAUAAAAAGUGAGAAUUGGGAGCCGCAAUUGCGAAAGCAUAGUUUGGGUUCCUCCCAUAAACCAAGUGGGCGUUUGUUCUCGAUUUCUUCAUCGUAUUUAUUAGAUAUACAUACAGACAUUCUCACACCUAAACCCAGAAACAUAGACUGACAAUGGCAGCCCGCUCUUCCUCCUUCUCCACCUUCAAAUCCUACCUCCACGCGCUCUCCGACACCCCUCACCGCCUCCGCCGCCGCGCCUGCUCAGUCUCCACCUCAUUAGAAGAAACUAACCGCUUGCGGGCCCGCUCCGGCUCCGAAAUGAAGCGCACACUCGACUGGCGCGACCUCAUCGGCUUCGGCGUCGGCGGCAUGGUCGGCGCGGGCGUCUUCGUCACCACCGGCCGCGCCAGCCACUUCUGCGCCGGCCCCGCCGUCAUCCUCUCCUACGCCAUUGCCGGCGUCUGCGCCCUGCUCUCCGCCUUCUGCUACACCGAGUUCGCCGUCGACAUGCCCGUCGCCGGCGGCUCCUUCAGCUACAUCCGCGUCACCUUCGGCGAGUUCCCCGCCUUCCUCACCGGCGCCAAUCUCAUCGUCGACUACGUGCUCUCCAACGCCGCGGUGGCGCGUGGCUUCACCUCCUACCUCGGCACCGCCCUCGGCCUUCCGGCGAACGUGCAGCUGAGGCUCGCCGUUCACGGCCUUCCGAAAGGAUACAACGAGAUCGACUUGAUCGCCGUGGUGGUGGUGCUGCUCAUCACAUUCGUAAUCUGCUACAGCACCAAGGAGAGUUCGUGGCUCAACAUGUCGCUGACGGCGCUGCACAUUCUGUUCAUCGCAUUCGUGAUUGCGGUGGGGUUUUGGAGAGGGAAAUUGAUCAACUUCACGGAGCCAGGGGAUCCGGAAAACGCGGGUGGUUUCUUCCCCUUCGGCGCCUCCGGCGUGUUCAACGGCGCGGCCGUGGUGUACGUGAGCUACAUCGGGUACGACGCGAUGUCGACCAUGGCGGAGGAGGUGGAGAAUCCGGCGAAGAACAUUCCGAUCGGAGUGACUGGGUCCGUGAUGAUCGUGACCGUUCUCUACUGCCUGAUGGCGGCGUCAGUCUCAGCUCUUCUCCCUUACGAUUUGAUCGAUGCGGAUGCGCCGUUUUCGGGGGCGUUCAAGGAGGGGCCGUCGGGGAUGAAGUGGGUGUCCAACGUGAUCGGCGUGGGGGCCAGUUUCGGAAUCGUGACGUCGCUGUUGGUGGCGAUGCUGGGCCAGGCACGCUACAUGUGCGUCAUCGGAAGGUCCUGCGUGGUCCCCACUUGGUUCGCCCAGGUCCACCCCUCCACCUCUACCCCUGUCAACGCCUCCUCCUUCCUCGGGGUCUUGACAGCAGCGAUCGCACUGCUUACUGAUCUAGACAUUCUGCUGGAUUUGGUAUCCAUUGGGACCCUCUUCGUGUUCUACAUGGUGGCGAAUGCAGUGAUAUACCGGCGAUAUGUGGCCAUAGGGACGACAAAUCCAUGGCCGACUCUGUCCUUCCUGUUCUGCUUCUCGCUCACCUGCAUCAUGUUCACUCUGCUCUGGCGCUUCGCACCAUCAGGCAAGCCCAAGGCCGUGAUGCUCGGGGCUUGUGUGGCUGCUGCCGUUGCUCUUUUGCAGGUGUUCCUCUUCAUGGUCCCUCAGGCCCGCAAGCCCGAGAACUGGGGGGUCCCGUUCAUGCCGUGGAUCCCCUCCAUAUCGAUCUUUCUCAACAUAUUCUUGCUGGGUGCUCUGCACAGGGGAUCCUAUCUCCGGUUCGGAUUCUUCUCAGGCCUCACGGUGCUUGUGUACGUCAUGUACAGUGUGCAUUCGAGCUUCGAUGCGGAGGAGGAGGGCGUUCUGUGUGAAAAGGCUGGAGAGAGCAUCAAGGAAUCUGUUGAAAGGGUAGUAGUCCAUAUUCUGUAGACCUUUUUUCUCUCUUUUUAUCUUGCUGUGUUGGUUGCACUUUUGAGUUGGGGUAAAGGCAAGGAAUAGCAAAAGAAUAUAUCAAUGCUGUAUAGUCAACAACUGUAUAUCUAUUAUUAGGCAUGCAUCCAUCUCAUUUCUGCAGCUUUUAAAUGUAAAAUUUGUAGAGAUACAAAGAAAUUAUAUAUCAUGUUUUUGUUUUGGAACC